AUGUGGACUGCAAAUCAUCAGAAGAUGGGAUAUAUGGCUGUAACAGCUCAGUUUAUUGAUGAUUCGUGGAACUUACACAGUCAAAUAUUAAGUUUUAAGUAUGUUCCGUGUCCUCACGAUGCUCCAGCACUACUUGAGGCCCAAAGAUCUUGUCUUAAUGAUUGGAAAAUAGAAGACAAGAUCAGUACAGUGACUCUCGAUAAUUGUACUGCCAAUGAUGCCAUGAUUGAUCUUUUGAAAGGACAAUUUGAGCCUGACAGUUUUAUUUUGAAGGGAAAUGUUGCUUAUUGGUCUGGCACACCAAAAAGACAUGAAAAAUUUGAAGACACUGCUCGUCAACUUGGAGUACCAUACACCAAAAAAAUAUCACUUGAUUGUGUAACGAGGUGGAAUUCAACUUUUCUGAUGCUUAGCACAGCUUUAUCGUACAAGACAGUAUUUGAACGUGCAAGGCUGCGGGAGUUGCGUUUGAGCUGUGCCCCUUCGGAAAUUGAUUGGCAAAAUGCUCAGCACUUGUGUGAUAAGUUAGAGUUGUUUCAUGAAGUAACAUAA